CUCAACAGUGCCUGAACAAUAAUUAUUUUCGUUCGUCUAGUGUGUUAAACCAAUCAAGAAAGUGCGAUCUUGCCUUGUUGCUCUAAACUUUUCACCGAACAAUCCAUCCAGACUCAAUACAGUGUUCUCGCCAUGGCUGAAUCCUCCUCUCCCACGGUUGCACAACAUCAAGUGUUCAUCAAUUUCCGUGGGGUGGAGCUGCACCGUGUAUUCGUCAGCCAUCUCGUCUCGGCCUUGGAAAGUCAUAGCAUCGUCGUCAUCGACGACUAUGAGGACAACGGCAAAAAUCUAGAUUCCCUUUUAAAGAAUAUAGGGGAGUCUCGGAUUGCUCUGGUUGUCUUCUCCGCCAAGUACACCAAGUCAACUCGGUGCCUAGAAGAACUAGCGAAGAUUAAGGAUCGUGCGGAUGAAGGUAAACUGGUGCUUAUUCCCAUCUUCUACAGACUGGAACCAUCUGCAGUGAGAAAUUUAGAGGGAGACUUUGGUGAUGCAUUCAGGAGUCUGGCUAAGGGUGAUAAGAGGAAGCCGAAAUGGGAGGACAUUUUUCGUUCCAUUCAAAAUAUCCUGAACUUGACGAUUCCUGAGAAAAGUUGCAGCGAAGAGAGCAACAUCCUAAAUAAAAUCGUGUGGGUUGUUAGGAAUUUACUGAUCAGAAUUCCAUUGGAGGCAGUCCAAGAUGCCUCUGUGAAGACUUCAGGAAGUAGCGACAGUACUGGAACUCUCUCAGGGGAAGAAAAACAUAAGACUUUCACGGUGCAUGAGAAGAGUAAACUCCUGCAACCGCAAACUCAAGUUUUCAUCAAUUUCCGCGGAGAUCAGCUACGAACCAAUUUCAUCUGCUAUCUCGUGGAAGCACUUCGGAGAAGUGAUAUCAACGUCUUCAUAGACACUCAAGCGCCUAGAGGUGAAGACAUCAACAAUCUUUUUAAUAAGAUCGAGGAAUCUGGGGUCGCCAUAGUUGUGUUCUCUAGCAGGUACACGGAAUCAAAGUGGUGCUUGAACGAGCUUAGGAAGAUUAACGAACGGGAGAACCAAGGCAUGCUCAAGGUACUUCCGGUCUUCUACAAGGUGUCACCAAUCAAUGUGAAAAGACUUAAAGGAGAGUUUGGUGACCAUUUCAGGGAUCAAGAGUAUAAAUAUAGGUAUGAAGAAGAUAAGAUAAAGCAAUGGAAAGAGGCAAUGGCGUUAGUCUCAAAUAAGUUUGCCCUGGUUUUGGAAGAGAAAAGCGGCGUUUUAGAGACUGACUUUGUGAAAGAUAUCGUCGUUGAGGUCUUGAAAAUGCUUAAAGACAUUUCCACAACGAAAAGCAGUCAAUCCUGUAGUUGCCCUUCGUUGUGCGGAGAAAAGCAAUCUGAAUCUCAGCUUUGAUGGUAAAGAAUCACAAAUGAAGAACCAUCACCAAAUUUGUUUGUAUGACCGAUCACUUAUUGUCAAGAGAGUUGUAAGAAAAGGAGCAAAAGAAAAAAAGUUUAAGAAUUCACAUCUAUGUCUGGUAGAUACUACAUCUGGGAUAGAUAAUCUCUAUCGGUCUAUCCCAAGAAGCACAAGGGAGCUCAGCAGUCUUGAUGUUCUGAAUCUAACAAGGGUCGUUUUUUUGUUUUAUAAGAUGUAGUUUUUUCUCAAUGCUACAAACUAUUGAAAUAUCUUAUCUGGUUAAAUCCAUAUCGUAGCUAAUCUUUUAAACUUCAGUUCAACGUUUAAACCAGCUCCUCUCUAAUUAUGUAUUUAAAAAUCCAGUUGAUAUCAAAUGCACUGGGAGGUAUCC